CAUGCUUUUUUAUAUGUAUAUAUAGAGAGCCUUCCUUUCCCCCUUCAAUCGGUCGAGUACUUCAUUUCAACAUGAUGGAGAAACUCUUCCUGAUCACAGUACUCCUUGUUCUUUUCAAACUUCCCAGCUUCGUUACUCCAGACUACGUUCCGGCAAUCUUCGCCUUCGGAGACUCCAUCUUGGACGCGGGGAACAACCGUUUCAUCAAGAACUGCACUGCCCAGGCAAAUUUCCCUCCUUACGGGUCAACUUACUUCCAUCACCCUACCGGGAGGUUCACUAAUGGCAGAACAGUAGCUGACUUAAUUUCCCAAUAUAUAGGCAUUGAUUUUCAGGAACCAUAUCUCGAAGCACAUCUUGAUGUUGUGAAUGGAAGUAUAAAGAGUUAUCCAAAUAAUGGGAUCAACUUUGCUAGUGCUGGCAGUGGUGUUUUCCCACAAACAAACCAGGACGAGCAUGUAAUGCCAAUGCAAGUCCAGCUACAACAAUUCCAAACAUUGGUGCAGCAAGGUCAGAUCGAUACAACUUUGAUCCAAAACUCUCUCUUCCUAUUUGAGUCCGGUUCCAACGACAUAUUCGGCUACUUCUUCGCCGCCGGCUCUGGUGCCGUCCAAGAACUACCACGGCCACAUGACUUCGUAAAAGCCAUGCUUGACCAAGUGGAAAGUUUUGUGGAUGAGAUUUACAAUCUGGGUGCCCGUCGUAUAGCUUUGUUUUCACUUGGCCCCGUUGGCUGUGUUCCGGCUAGGGCUCUGCUGAAGGAUGCACCUCUUGAUAGAUGCUAUGGAAAGCUUAACUUCAUGGUCGAGAGAUACAACCAUGGCUUACUUAAGAUGGUUAGACAUGCGCGCUGGAAGUAUCCCGAUGCAGUCAUUGCUUAUGGGGAUGUCUACGGCAUGGUUCGGCAUUUUCGUUCACAUCCAUAUCGCAAUGGUUUCUUGGACGUAACAAAUGCAUGCUGUGGCGCUGGGCAACUUGGAGGAGAGAUGCAAUGUGGGAUAGGGCCCUACAAGGUUUGUCAAAAUCCAGAUGAGUUCAUGUUCUGGGAUCUUUUCCAUCCAACAGAGCACACUUACCAGCUCAUUGCAGAGUCCUUAUGGGACGGAGACAGGCUUCAGAUUAAGCCAGUGAAUCUGAGGACUUUAGCCGAUAAAGACCUUUUUAAUCAUUAGGCUAGCUAUAAGCUGAAGAUCAUGAUAUAUAUAUAUAUAUAUAUAUAUAUAUAUAUCUAUCUAUCUAGGUUAAUGUUUUGAUUUUGUAUAUGUUAGGAUCGAAACUCAUGUACGUGAUAUUCGAUCUAACUCAUGUACGUGAGCCGAACUUGUAUUUUCUUUGAAGGGCCUGAUCUUGUCUUGGAAAUAAAUCAUUGGGAGUACCAGUCGAUAUUGACCCA